GCUAUAGGCGUGCUCGCACAGCCAGACGCCGACGCUACACCGCGGUUCACCGCGCUUUACUACCUUAAGAGAAGCACCUCAGUCUACCUCAACCUGCGCCUCUGUGCCUGGUGUAACGCGUCGCAAUGAAGAAGGAAGCGCCGCCUCCGAAACGCCAGAGUAUCGCUUCUUGAAGACACGGAGAGCGCUUCUCUAAGGAGCUGACAGCUGUGAGAGGGAGUGGCCUGCAGGCACUGGACCGCAACAGAAACACAGUCUCUGAAACUGAACUGCGAUGCAUCGCGUACCCUGAAGUGCACGGUGCAGCCGCUGAGGGACAGCGGAGACUGCGAGAGGAGCGGCACACGAAGCGCAGCCGAGGAGAAUUAAGAGAGGCUCGGAGGAACUAAACAAGACAGAAAACUCCUGGGAACGCAAGCAAGACCAAGAACUCCGCCGCGGAACUGCAGCUCCCUCAUUACAACUUUCUGGGCAGACAGACCCCUCCCAGGAUGGUGUAGAGUGUGUUGAGAGUCUGCUGAUCCAUCAUGGCUGUGUUUAAGCUGGGGAUUGUGGAGGACCUGUAUGAAAUAGGAGAGGUGCUGGGCAGUGGUCACUAUGGCACGGUGAGGCUGGUCCGAGAGAAGGGCUCGGGAACGGACUACGCCGGGAAGUUCCUGAAGAUCCGGAAAUGCAAGAGCAGCCGGCUGGGGCUGGAUCGGGAGGACGUGGAGCGAGAGGUGGAGAUCCUGCAAGCCCUGCAGCAUCCCAACAUCAUGGCUCUGAGAGACGUGUUCGAGAGCAAGUCAGAGCUGGUGCUCAUACUGGAGAUGAUCCGUGGAGGGGAGCUCUUUGACUUCAUUGCUGAGAAAGAGAUGCUCUCCGAGGACGACGCCAUCCAGUUCAUGAAGCAGAUCCUGCAGGGAGUGGGAUACAUGCACUCCAAACACAUCGCACACUUCGACCUCAAGCCAGAGAACAUCAUGCUGCUGGAGAAGGACGUGCCCCAACCCCACAUCAAGCUCAUCGACUUCGGACUGGCCCACCGGAUAGAGGAGGGGGUGGAGUACAAGAGCCUGUCUGGCACCCCCCAGUACAUCGCUCCUGAAGUCAUCAACUACGAGAGGCUGAGUGAGGCUGCCGACAUGUGGAGUCUUGGAGUCAUUACCUUCAUUCUGCUCAGUGGUACCUCCCCAUUCCAGGGUGACACAGACGAAGAGACUCUCACCAACAUCGUGUCUCUGACCUACGAGUUCGACGAGCAGCACUUCAGCCAGACCAGCGCCAUGGCCAAGGACUUCAUCCAGAGCCUGCUGGUCAAGGAGCCCAGUGACAGGAUGACUGCAGUCGAGAGCCUCAUUCACCCCUGGAUAAAGCCUCUCAACAGGAAGCAGGCCACCAAUCGCAGCCGCUCCUCCAUCAACAUGAAGAAUUUCAGAAAGUUCAACGCCAGGCGGAAAUGGAAGGUCUCUUAUAAGAUGGUGUGGGCCUUUAACCGGAUGUGUCAUCUGCAGCGCCUCUGCAAGAACAGCGCCAAGGAGGACAAGGACCUGAGGCAGUGUGAGAGUGACCCGGAAGACACAGAAACCAAGCCUGCCUCCCUGCUGCGGAGACGACUCAGCAGCAGCUCCUAGAAUCAGCCAGGAGGGGGCGUCGGUGUGCUGGGGCACAGUCAGCUUGCUAGAGUCUGAAAUAUCAAUCGCUAUCGUAACGAAUGCAUUCUUCUGCUUCUCGUUUCACUUUGAGUAUCGUUUUCUCUUUCGGGCUCAGAAGUUUAAGAUCCCUGUGGUGUCUAUAGAGCUCUCUGUGUAAACACAGCCAGCACACCAGAGUGUAACCAUUAACCUGCCCCCUAGUGUAUGUAACAAAUACCACCUGGAACCUUACAUCAGUGCUGCAGGGGGGACAGAUUGAUGGUUACAUGCUGGUGUACCAGCUAUACUGAGAGACAUUUGAGAGCUGUAUUGAGGCCAAAGGGAGCUUUUUAAAAACAGCUGACAGGAGACGAUAUACAAAGUGAACCUCAAUGAGAAGGAUACCUCGGUUAGGAUGCCUGAUAUCUGAGACCUGCUCGCAGCAACAAAGCCUGUUCCCACACCUGCAGUGACAACACCAUGCACUCCCUGCUGAGUGAGGAAUAUCAAACAGUGCUCCACCUCGUAAUACAGCACCUCCUGUGUCCAUAUGUGGUAACUGCAGGGAACUAUUGCAGUGAUUGUAGCGCACAGAGUAAUUCCAUGAAUCUCAGCUGUUGUGCGCAGCCUUUCGACACACAGUUCUCCAAAUGUGCAGUUUUGAAAGGAACGCCCGCUAUAGUAAACAUUUUCAUUUUGAAACACACAUCCGGUACGACACUUGGUUAGAAAUCUGUUUGCAACCCCUACUUUCACAAAGUGUUGCACUUCCUUGUUCAGGUGUAAUUGUCCCCGCCCCUUUUACUGGCUUCUUUCCUGUCAUUAACCAGUCAGCUGCUUCCCCGGGUGACUGACAUGCUUUCAGCGCGAGGCCACGGCUCGGGUGAAUGCCCAUGUAACAUAUAUACUGAGAGUAAGGCACAGAGUGGGGAUCACGCUUCACAAUGAAAAGACACAUUUGCUAGUGUGUGUUUCUUUCAGAACUGUGCAUCUGAGACCCAUGUAGGCAAUGGAGCGACAACUUACAGAGAAAGCCACAUUCCCACCUAUAGGUCAUAAGUUAACUCUCAUGGUUUACAGUGGGCAAAUUAAGCUAUACCAUGCAUACUGUUACCAAUGAUUAUAGUGCAUGAAGUGUGUUUAUAAAGAAUUUAAAAAACAUGUAGACAUAUAUUUGUGUUGAAGAAAUUGGAAGCAUUCUUUAAUAAAAGCCUGAUGUUUUUCUUUAA